AUGGCGACCUCACAACCAUUAUCAACUGAAGAAAAUUUAUCCCAUCCUCCCCCAAUUUUUCCACAUCAAAUUAAUACAAAACAGGCCGUAAUUUAUAACAAGUCGGGUACAAAGUGUAUGAAUAUAGUAAAAGAACCUACCGGAACAGCGAUGUCUCCGACCUCUCCUUCCUCGAGAGAUCCUGGUGAACUUACUUCCUCUCAUAAUCCCCAGAAUAACAAUAAUGGUACUUCUAAAAAGAAGAAGAAAAAGAAGGGUAAAAGAAAGCCUCCCCCGGAUCACAUUGAAGAUCCUGAUAUUGUUAAUGGAACUCAUACUCCACAUACGAAGUCUAAUGUAAUUGAUUUAAGCAGUGGUGAAGAACUGGUAGAAGUAGAUCUUGAAGAUGAAGAAGAAUUCUUCUCUGAUGAUGAUGGUUAUGAUCCUGAAGCUCCAGAGAUACCAUUUACUCAUAUUCACAAUCAUUCUCAUCCUCAUCAUAAUCAUAAAACUCGUAAAGAUGGUAUCUGGAAUACCAAUAACAAUGAAGAGAGGCAACGUAUAAGGGAAUUUUGGUUACAAUUAGGCGAAGAAGAAAGAAGAAGUUUAGUAAAGGUCGAAAAAGAGGCUGUACUUAAAAAAAUGAAAGAACAACAAAAACAUUCGUGUUCUUGUUCUGUAUGUGGGAGAAAAAGGACCGCUAUUGAGGAAGAAUUGGAAACUCUCUAUGAUGCUUAUUAUGAAGAACUCGAAUUAUAUGCUAAUCAACAGCAACAAUUUGGUUCUUCAAAUAUUGACGAACCGGGUAGCGAUACUCGAAAAGAAAUUUUUAAUUUUGGUAAUAGUUUAACUGUAAAAGGGGGUAUUUUGACUGUAGCUGAUGAUCUUUUAAAAAAUGAUGGUAAGAAGUUUCUUGAAAUGAUGGAACGACUUGCCGAACGUCGAAUGCAACGAGAAGAAGAAGCUGCAAUGGAACAACCUGAUGAAUAUGACGAUGAUGAUGAAUACGAAGAUGAAUAUGAAGAAGACGGUGAAGAAGAUGCACAAACUGAAGAACAACGAAUGGAAGAGGGUCGGCGGAUGUUUCAAAUAUUUGCUGCCCGCAUGUUUGAACAGCGAGUUCUUAAUGCUUAUCGAGAAAAGGUUGCUCAAGAGAGGCAACAAAAAUUAUUGGAAGAACUAGAGGAAGAAAAUCGAUUAAAAGAAGAGCGUGAAUUAAAAAAACUAAAGGAAAAGGAGAAGAAGAAAGCAAAAUCUAGGGCCAUAAAACAACAAAAGGAGGAGGAACGAGCAAGAAAAGAGGCAGAAAGACUUGCUGAGGAGCAAGCUUUACGUGCUGAACGUGAAAAAAAAGCUGAAGAAGAACGUAAAAAACGUGAAGAAGAACGUCUUCGAAAAGAGGCUGAACGAAGAGCAAGGGAGGAAGAACGUCUAAAAAAAGAAGAAGAAAAGAGAAGGAAGGCAAAAGAAGAAAAAGAGAGAGAAGAGCGUAGAAGGAAAGAACAGGAAGCAAAAGAACGUAAAGAGCGGGAGGAAAGAGAACGUAAAGAACGAGAAGAAAAAUUAAGAAAAGAAAAGGAAGAAAAAGAGCGUAGGCAACGUGAAGAACGUGAGCGAAAAGAACGUGAAGCAAAAGAUAGAAAAGAACGUGAAGCAAAGGAACGAAAAGAAAAGGAGGAACAAGAACGCAAAGAACGUGAACAUAAGGAACGUGAAGAAAAAGUACGAAAGGAAAAAGAAGAAAGAGAACGAAAAGAACGUGAAGAAAAAGAACGAAAAGAAAAAGAAGAAAAAGAUAAGCAACGAACUUCUAUUUUGAAUAAUCCUGUACGGCAACAACAUAUUGAACGAAAAAGAACUAUUCCACCUAUUGGGCAUCCUUCUGUGUUGCCACGAUGCCUAAUGGUGGAACGAUAA